AUUCAUUCAACUACAGCACAAGUUCUAAUAGAUAUAAUUACUAUUUCUCAAUCGAGUAAUCCCGAACAAGGUGGCGUUGGGCCAAAUGCAUUAAGUAGAGAACUUAUCAGUGAAAAAACUGUGGCUCGACUUGUAAAUUAUAUGCUUGACUUGGAGGCUCCAAAUUCAACAUCUACUUUGACUAAUGGAGUGAACAUACUUAUGCAAAUAAUUCAAAAAAACAAUUGUGAUUUUAAUGAGGAAUCAACCCCUACGUUGUCUCCGCAUCAACCACACCCUAUUGUUGAUUUAAGCGAUAUGUUACGAGUAUUGGCUAACCGGAUAGGAGACUUCAAAUCAUUGCUUGAAAAUCCAAAAUCAGUGUCAGGACAAAUAGAUACAACGAUAGGUAAAAUGGUACCUCUUGGAUUUGAAAGAUUUAAAAUUUGUGAACUUUUUGCAGAAUUAUUGCAUUGUUCCAAUAUGAGUUUGUUAAAUAUUGUUCGGCAUGAAGUACCUAUUAACGGGUUUUAUGGAUUGGAGGAUGUUGAGGGUUAUCAAACAAACGAGAUCGGAGGAAUAUUUCAAAUGCAAGAAAAAGACAAUAGUCAGACAGUUCAAACAAGUCGUAUUGGAGAAGACUUUCAAAUCCAAGAAAAAGAUUAUAAUCAGACAACUCAAACAAAUGAAAUUGGGGAAGUUCUUAAAAUCCAAGAGAAAGAUUCUA